AUGGAAGUGAAUGGUGAACCAGAUAUAGCUGGUAUUUUCAGCGCGGCUUUAAUGCCAUUGAAAGAUAUGAAAGAUGCAGAUAUUUUGGACCAGUAUGAAAUGAACAUGGCUGAUGGAAAUAUAACACCUGACGUUCUAGAACAUUUAUCUCAAAGAACUACACAGAACCAUAGAGAUGGUAUAUUUGGUGAAGAGUUUAGAAAGAAAGUUAGGGAGAGAGAAGGAAGAGAACCUAUUGUACAUGACCUUGCAAACGAAAGUUUGCAAAAUGUCAUAAAAACUUACUUUGCAGACAAUGAACCGAGAAUGGAUGAAUAUUUAAGAAAACUCAAAUGGACAGUACCAAAUGAAAUGUUAGUAUUGAAAAACAUGUUCCUUGACAAAAUAAAAUCAACUACAGAAAUAAAUGACGCAAGACUGAAACAUUGGGUAAAAGCUUUCCCAUUCACAAAAGAUAUUAUUGGUAACAUGGAAAGAAAACCAGAAUGGCUACAAAAACAUAUAUUUGGAAACGAGCUUAUUCCAUAUGGACAAGCUCUGUUUGAAGAGCUUGAACCGGAAACUCAGGAAAGAGUCAUGCAAACAAUACGCGAAGACUCAAAUACAAACUAUGACAAAAUCUUUCUAGGAUAUAGGUUACCUGAGAUGGGCGACCAGAGCCCAAAGGCAAAAAGGACAUGGGAAAUUUACAACAUACUAGGUGAACAUGAGGCAAAGAUGCAACAACUUGAAGCAGAGGGCAAGUUACCAAAAGCGACACCAAAGAAGAAGAGUAGAACAAAGUGA